AUGAGCCAUAUCGAUGACAAGGGACCAACUCCAAAGGGUACUUGCAAUGCCUGCCACAAGCCAAUCCUCGGCGAGAUCAUCCAGGCGGUCAACAAGCACUACCAUCCCGAGCACUUUGUAUGCACCAACUGCAAGGUGUCCAUCGGCUCCAAGAACUUCUACAUGCAGGAGGGCAGCCCCCACUGCGAGUCGUGCUACCAGAACUUAUUCUGCAUCCGUUGCGCACACUGUGACGAGUCGAUCACAGACCGUUGCAUCACGGCCCUGGGCAAGAAGUGGCACGUGCACCACUUUGUCUGCACCCAGUGUCUCAAGCCAUUCGACGGCGGCAACUUCUACGAGCGUGAGGGCCGACCCUACUGCGAGGUGGACUUCUUCUCGACAUACGCCACUCGCUGUGGCUCCUGUAACCAGCCGAUUCGUGGCGAGUGCAUCAAUGCGCUGGGCCAGCAGUGGCACCCUGAGCACUUUGUUUGCCAGUACUGCCAGAAGAGCUUUGCCAAUGGACUGUUCUUUGAGUUUGGUGGCAAGCCCUACUGUGACAUUCACUAUCACCAACAAUCCGGUUCAAUCUGUAGUGGAUGUGGCAAGACCAUCAAUGGUCGUUGUGUAGACGCUCUCGACAAGAAGUGGCAUCCCGAGCAUUUCGUUUGUGCUUUCUGUAUGAAUCCAUUGGCUGGAGGAUCAUACUCAACAAACAAUGGCAAGCCAUAUUGUAAAGUAUGUCACACCAAGUUGUUUAUGUAA